UCACUAGUUCUGAUUGAGCUUAUAUUGUUCGGGAAUCUGUCUUGAUCAUAGUGAGCUAGUGUGUGCGCGUACAUUAAUAUAUAUAUAUAUAUAUAGAGAGAGAGAGUGUAAGAGUAUAUAUGGGGAUGGUCGUGAGAAGGGGUUGUGUUAUGGCAUGUGUGAUGGUGUUACUGAUGUCAACUCAAGUGUUGGGAAAACUAUCUGGUACUGGUGGUCGUGGCAGUGGCAAAAGCCGUCAUUAUAAACAUGGAGGAGGCGGUGUUGGUGCUGGUGCCGAGGGUGGUGUAGGAGCUGGAGGUGGUGCGAACGGUGGCAUUGUAGCCGGAGGCGGAGGUACAGGUGCAAAUAUAGGAGCCGGUGGAGGUGGAGGUGGCACUACUCGUGGUGGUGGAAGAGGCCGUGGGGGCAAACGCAGUGGACAUGGUGGUGGAGGGGGAGUCGGUGACAUUGGAGCUGGUGGUUUAGGAAUCGAGAGAGAAAGUGUUGGUAGCAUUGUUAGAAAUGAUGCUGGUGGUUCCAAAAGAAGUGAUAGUUACAUUAUUAGAGGUGGAAAAAAUCGUAGAGAUGGUGCUAGUGGUGCUCAUAGAGGUGUUGGUGGUACUGUUAACGGUGAACCAGGCGUCACAUAUGGUGCCAGUGGUUUCGUUGGAAGUGGUGCUACAAGAGCUGGUCACAAACGAGUUCUUGAUAGUGUUGUUGGAAACGGUGCAAAUGAUGUUGUUGGAGGUGGUGUUAGAGGAAAUGGUCACAAACGAAUUGUUGCUAGUGUUAUUGAAGAUGAUGCUAGCAGUAUUGGUGGAGGUAGUGCCACUAGUACUGAUACCUCUACUGGAGGUAGUGCCACUAGUACUGAUACUUCUAGUGGUGAUGUUAGUGGUGCCGGUGGUGCUGGUGCUGCUAGUGGUGCCGGUGGUGCUGGUGGUGCCAGUGGUGCCGGUGGAGCUAGUGGUGCAGGUGGUGCUAGUGGUGCUGGUGGUGCUACCGGUGCUGGUGGUGCAAGUGGUGCUGGUGGUGCUACUGGUGCUGAUGCUGGUGGUGAAGCUGGUGCUGGUGGUGGUGCUGCCGGUGCUGGGGGUGCGACUGGUGCUGGUGGUCCUAGUGGUGCUGGCGGUCCUAGUGGUGCUGGCGGUCCUAGUGGCGCUGGUGGUUCCGGUGGUGCUAGUGGUGCCGGUGGUGAUGGCGGUGCCGCUAGCUCUGGUGGUAGUGCCAAUGGAACUAGUAUUGAAAUUAUUGUUGGAGAUGGUGCUAAAAGUGUUGGUGGAGGUAGUGGCACUAGUACUAGUACUUCUAGUGGUGAUGUUAGUGGUGCCGGUGGUGCUGGUGGUGCCAGUGGUGCAGGUGGUGCCGGUGCUGCUAGUGGUGCUGGUGGAGCUAGUGGUGCCGGUGGUGCUAGCGGUGCUGGUGGUGCGACUGGUGCUGGUGGUGCAAGUGGUGCUGGUGGUGCUACUGGUGCUGAUGCCGGUGGUAUUGGCGGUGCUGGCGGUGGUCCUAGUGGUGCUGGUGGUGCUACCGGUGCUGGUGGUGCAAGUGGUGCUGGUGGUCCUAGUGGUGCUGGUGGUCCUAGUGGUGCUGGUGGUAACGGUGGUGCUAGUGGAGCUGGUGGUGCUGGUGGUGCAAGUAGUGCUGGUGGUAGUGCCGGCCGUGCUGGUGGACGUGGUGCUAGGUUGUUUGGAAAUGUUGUUUGAAACAACGUAGGUGGAGAUGGUGCCACUGAUAUUGUUGGAAUUAAAAGUUAUUGGAGAA